AUGGCUAACAAAACAACUUUGAUUGCAUCCCGGCGCUGUUCUAUUCACUUUACACUUGAAAGUACAAACACGGAAGCAAACACCUAUCCAACUGACUUGCUCCUCGGUGGAAUUGGCAGCAACAGCAGGUUGGUCAAUGCACUCUAUUGCUAUGGUUUGAUUGUUAUUUUGAAAGGAUUUAAGCUCUACACUGUAAAGAUGUCCCAUAAACCUAUACCAUACAGCCCAAAUUUCCCACCUGGCCAAGGAUACGAGCCUCCAAUGGAGAGUGGAAAGUCAAAUGAAAGUUAUCCCUUGAACCCUCAAGGUGGUUAUCCCGGUCCUCCACCAAACCAAAUGCCUCAUCCUGGCCCUAACUUACCACCGGGUGCACAACCACUUCCUGGAAUGCAAACAGGUUUUCAACCAGGCUUCCAACCAGGCUUUCAAACUGGAUUCCAACCAGGUUUUGCAUCAGGUUACCCACAUCCACAAUCUGGUUAUCAUGCACCCAUUAUGCAACAACCAGCACCCCAAGGUCCUGCAGGUGGUUGGAUGACUAUUCCGCGAGGUCUCAGCAACUGUCCACCUGGUUUGGAAUACCUUUCUAUGAUUGACCAAUUAUUGGUGCAUCAAAAGGUUGAAUUGUUAGAGGCUUUUGUUGGAUUUGAAACAAAUAAUAAAUAUACUAUUAAAAAUAAUGUGGGCCAAAAAGUAUAUUAUGCUGUUGAAGACAAUGAUUGCUGUACCCGAAACUGCUGUGGUCCUACUCGUCCAUUUGAAAUGAGGAUCAUGGACAACUUCCGCAAUGAGGUUAUUCACUUGCAUCGCCCUUUAGCUUGUGACUCCUGUUGGUGCCCAUGCUGGUUGCAAAGCAUGGAAGUAACAGCACCACCAGGCACUGUCAUUGGAUCAAUAGAACAAGAAUGGUCUAUCUGUAAACCGUGUUAUGUAAUCAAAAACUCUGUUGGAGAUGUGGUUUUAAGAAUCAAAGGCCCUUUUUGCACCUUCUCCAUCUGUGGGAAUGUUGAAUUUAAUGUAUAUUCUAAAGACGGUGACACAAAAGUGGGAAAAAUAACAAAGCAGUGGUCUGGACUUGCGCGCGAAUUUUUCACAGAUUCUGACUACUUUGGUAUAUCUUUUCCAAUUGAUUUAGAUGUAAGGAUAAAAGCGGUUUUGUUGGGGGCCUGUUUCCUAAUUGAUUUUAUGUUCUUCGAAAAGAAUGGAAAUCAAGAACAGGAUGGCCCUGGGAUGCUC